AUUAAUCGGCAUCUGACUCUUGAACAGCGCGUUUCGUUUUCUAUUUUAUUUAUUACCUGAUAAUUCAUAAUGUCUAAAAUUUUUACACCAACCAACCAAAUUCGUUUGACAAAUGUUGCUGUCGUUCGUAUGAAGAAAUGUGGAAUUAGAUUCGAAAUUGCAUGUUACAAAAAUAAAGUUCAAUCAUGGAGAGCAGAAACAGAAAAGGAUUUGUCAGAGGUUUUACAAACCGAAACAGUCUUCAAUAAUGUGUCUAAGGGCCAAGUAGCUAAGAAGGAAGACCUGAUCAAAGCAUUUGGAAAAGAUAAUCACACAGAGAUUUGUAAGGAAAUUCUAUCAAAAGGAGAACUUCAAGUUAGUGAAAAAGAACGUCACGCAAACUUAGAAUCGACAUUUAAAGAAAUUGCAACGAUGGUAGCUGAAAAAUGUGUCAAUCCUGAAACGAAUCGCCCUUACCCCGUCACUAUCAUUGAGAAGUCAAUGAAAGAUGCGCAUUACUCAAUAAAACCGAACAGGAAUGUAAAAUCACAAGCUUUGGAUGUGAUCAAAAUACUAAAGGAGCACAUUCCCAUCGAAAAAGCUCAAAUGAAAAUAAAAAUUACAGUCACAAACUGUAAAGAUAAGAAACUUCGUUUUGACGAAAUUCCGAAGCUUCUCAAGGUCAAAGAAAGUGAAUCGUGGGAUGGAGCUAAUGGAAUCAUUACUGCUUUAAUUGAUCCUGGCAGUUAUAAAUUGAUUGAAGCCUUGCACUCAACAACUCGAGGUGGUGUAACUGUCGAAGUUCUGGACCUUAAGCAUGUUGAAAUUAAUGAAGAAAUUUUUUAAUGUCAUUAAAACAACUCGGAAUAAAAAUCAUCAUUAAUCAUUAAAAAUGAUUAUCAGCUGAUAAAUAUUUUGUUUUAAUUCUCUAAUUUUUUAU